AUGUCUGUCAAAAAUAUAGAGUCAGGGUUCAAUCUCAUAUUCAGGUCCGUUGAUCCCCCCAUCACCCCUUCUCUAUGGACCGAUGGUGAUCCCUUCUAUUACUCCCUACCUGGUGGUAAGACAAUGAUUGGAGUUCUUGAAGAAAUGGAUAAUAACCCUGACUGGGAGAUAAAGUCAGAACAGGAGGAAGAAGAUCAAUCUGCAUUCAAUGACAUUUGGAUUUCAUCUUCCACUGGUAACUGUAGGCGAUUUGAGGGUGUUCGGAAAUUACCAGAAACUUUGACAUGGUACUGUAGGAUGCAAGAAAUUACUUUUGAGACGGAUCCAGAAGAUAUGAAAGAUGGAAAACCCCCAAGACCAAUAUACAGUGAGAAUAUCGAUGAUGAUAAUAUUGGGAUGAUGAGGGCGACCACCUGUCCUUGGGAUAUCGAAAAGCAAUAUACAUAUCUUCGGAUUGAGGACUUACAACGAGUUGAUAUCGUGAUCGGAAAAAGUGAACUGAUCCUGGAAUCAAAGAAUUGGCUCUUUGACAGAAGCAGGUUGACCGAAAGGGAAAGGAAAUGGGAUGGAGUAUCAUAUGUGCAUACGAUACCUGCUGAGGAGUAUAAACCGAGUGGAGGACCUAGCUUGUAUGAGACGUAUGUUGGAAGGACUAAGAAUACUUGA